GAACGGCCCGAGUGGCUUCUUCCUGUUUUUCAAGCUAAUGUUUGUAACGAUAUUUCUUUGCAAUAGUUGGUUUCUGUUUGUUUGAAAUGAUUUAUUUAUUUAUUUAUUUAUUUUUGUUUGUUUAUUUUAUUAUAAUUUUUUAUGCAUCAUAAGAACGGCUAGUUGUAGGAGAAGUUGAAAAUAAAACCGAACCAAAUUUCUUCGUUUUACCGCCUUUUCUCCAGUUGGGGAAUCAAAGCACCAGGCGGAUGAUUCCUGCAUCGCGCAGCCGAAACUUAUUGCUGAGUCUGCUGAACAAUGCGACCUCUGUCUCUCAGUUGAACCAGACCCACGCUCAGAUCAUCCUCCAUGGCCUCCAAAACGACCUUGCUACCGUCACCAAGCUCACCCACAAGCUCUCUGACCUCAAAGCCAUACGCCAAGCUCAUGCCCUCUUCCUCACCACCCCCAACCCCGAUCGCUUCCUCUACAACGUCCUCAUUAGAGGCUUUUCGAGCAAUGAUUCUCCCUUAUCUUCCAUUUCAAUGUAUUCCCAUUUGAGGAAAAAGACUAAUCUUUUACCUGAUAACUUUACUUACGCCUUCGCUAUUUCGGCUGCUUCCGGGUUUAAGGAUGAUAAGUAUGGGAUUCUGUUGCAUGCGCAUUCGAUUGUUGAUGGGUUGGCGUCGAGUUUAUUUGUUGGGUCUGCGCUUGUUGAUUUUUACUUCAAGUUUUCUAACGUUGAGUUGGCACAGAAGGUGUUUGAUGGAAUGAUAGAAAGAGAUACGGUUUUGUGGAAUACAAUGAUAUCUGGGCUCAUGAGGAAUUCGUGUUAUGUUGACUCCAUACGGACUUUUGUAGAUAUGGUUGCAGUUGGGAUGCCAUUUGAUUCGACAACCUUAGCAACGGUGCUUCCUGCAGUGGCAGAGUUGCCGGAGUUGCAACUUGGAAUGGGAAUUCAAUGUUUGGGUUCGAAAGUGGGGUUGCACUCUGAUGCGUUUGUGCUUACAGGUUUGGUUUCAAUGUAUUCAAAAUGUGGGGAAAUUGACACGGCGAGGUUAUUGUUUGAGCAGAUUGGUCAACCGGAUUUGAUUUGUUAUAAUGCAAUGAUUGCUGGAUAUACUUGCAAUAACGAUAUUGAGUCCUCAGUGCGGCUAUUCAUGGAAUUGCUUGCAUCUGGAGAGAGAAUAAAUUCAAGCACAAUGGUGGGCUUGAUUCCUGUAUCUUCUCCCUUUGGUCAUCUGCAACUGGCUAGUUCUAUUCAGAGUUUUUGUUUGAAGUCUGGAAUUCUUACACAUUCUUCUGUUACAACUGCAUUAACAACAGUUUACUGUAGACUGAAUGAAAUAGAAUCAGCACGGCAGCUUUUUGAUGAGUCACCAGCGAAAAGCUUGCCGUCUUGGAACUCCAUUAUCUCGGGUUAUACCCAAAAUGGGCUAACAGAGACAGCAAUAUCUCUUUUCAGGGAAAUGAUGUCUGAAUUCACUCCGAAUCCUGUCACAAUAACAAGUGUUCUUUCAGCCUGCGCUCAACUUGGAGCCCUAAGUCUAGGAAAAUGGGUCCAUAGCUUGAUUAAGCACGAAAAUCUUGAGUCUAACAUAUUUGUGUCAACUGCUCUGGUUGACAUGUAUGCAAAGUGCGGGAACAUUAUCAAGGCUCGAGAACUAUUUGACUCCAUGACAGAGAAAAAUGCAGUCACUUGGAAUGCAAUGAUAUCUGGAUAUGGACUCCAUGGUCACGGGCAUGAUGCACUGAAGCUUUUCUCUGAGAUGUUACAUUCUAGGGUUUCCCCAACGGGGGUAACUUUCCUUUCUGUCUUGUAUGCUUGCAGUCAUGCUGGCUUGGUGAGAGAAGGAGAUGAAAUCUUCCAGUCUAUGGUUCAUGAUCAUGGAUUUGAGCCCUUAUCCGAGCAUUACGCCUGCAUGGUUGACAUCUUUGGCAGAGCUGGACAAUUAGAGAAGGCCUUGAAAUUUAUUAGGAAUAUGCCAGUUGAGCCUGGCCCUGCUGUUUGGGGUGCCUUACUUGGUGCUUGCAUGAUUCACAAAGACAGAAACCUAGCACGUGUGGCUUCUGAAAGGCUGUUUGAACUUGACCCAAAAAAUACCGGGUAUUAUGUCUUACUUUCUAAUAUUUACUCAGCUGACAGGAACUUUCCAAAGGCAGCUUCAGUACGAGAAGUAGUCAAGAGUAGGAAGCUGGCAAAAACUCCUGGUUGCACCCUGAUUGAGAUUGGUGAGACCCCACAUGUUUUUACAGCUGGAGACCGAUCCCAUCCACAAGCAACAUCCAUCUAUGCAAUGCUGGAGAAGUUAACCGGAAAGAUGAGGGAGGCUGGAUUUCAGACAGAGACUGUCCCUGCUUUGCAUGAUGUGGAGGAAGAAGAGAAGGAGUUAAUGGUGAAGGUUCAUAGCGAGAAACUGGCCAUUGCUUUUGGUCUUAUUUCUACUGAACCAGGAACUGAAAUUAGGAUCAUUAAGAAUCUCCGGGUUUGCUUAGACUGUCACAAUGCAACCAAAUUUAUAUCCAAAAUUACAGCGAGAGUUAUUGUGGUGAGGGAUGCUAAUAGAUUCCAUCAUUUCACAGAUGGUAUAUGUUCUUGUGGAGACUAUUGGUGAACUUUAUUCUACAUUGGUUAAGGUUGCUAGCACUGCAGAUGAGGACAACAAUAAUGAAACAAUUCUGUCCGUAGAAAGAUAAACAAGUAUGGAAGAAUUCUGCCCUUUGGAAAGCUAAACCUCUUCAGAUAAAAGAUAAGGGAAAUACAAAUAUAUUCAGCAGUUGAUUCCACAUUGCUUAACGUCAGGGCCCUUGGAUUUCAACACAAAUGGAUCAAUUCGGACCCAGAGCAAGGAGAAGAUAGAGGCCAAAAGGAUUGACCAUAUCACAACAAUAGUUGGUGUCCUGUUUUGCCGCCCCAUCAGACCUUUAAGGAACGGAUAGAGAUGGACAAUUACCCAGAAUGAAAAGAAGAGC